AUGACAUCUUUUGUUUAAUCAACAUUUGCAAUAUCUGCAAAGCCGAAUUUUGAAUUUUUAUAGAAUUAGGUUGAAUCUGAUUCAGAUAAUGAAGAAUAAAAAUAGAAAUUAUAAUAAAUGCAUGAACAUUAGAAGGAACACAAAAAAUUUAAGAAAUUAAUUGAUAUUGAAUUGGUGAAGGAAGAAUUGAAAAACAGGCCUAAUGUUGAAAUGAAAAUAAGUUCAAUUUAAAAGAAAAAAAUUUCUAAGAUAAAAAGUGUCCGUUCUCUAAAUGAUCUUAUUAUUCCCACAUCUCCAAUUUUGAUAGAUCAAUUAGGAAACUUGAAGAAAAUAAAAGAGAUACGUUCAGAAGUACCUCCAGAAUUGAUGGGAAGAAUUUACUCAGAACUUAGGUAAUUUUUAACAAACGAUUAUGAGAUAUGAAUUUGUACCAGCCUUAAAUCCAGUGUAUCGAUAGGGAGAUUAGAAUAAAAGAUUUUACAUUAUACUAGAAGGUAAGGUAGUAGUGAUGAAACCGAAAUUAAAGAUGGUGGGGUCCAGUAAAAUAGAAUUUGAUGAUAAUUUGUAAUAAAAAACACAAGGGAAAAAUGAUGAUGAUCCAUUUGGAUUGAAAAUUCUCUUUCCAGAUUACAUCAUAUUAAAAAUCUUAUUUCAAGGAGAGUAAGUAUAUAUUUAUUGAUUUUUUAGUUGUUUUGGUGAAGCAGCU